GUCCCACACUUGCUUGGGUAAUUGUUGGGUCAUUCUUAGUAAUAGGAGAACACGUAAAGUUGGCAUCAUGAUGUUAUAUCAGCCUGGACAAUUGUAUUGAGUCAUUGCACGGCUCAUAAAGCUUUAACAUCUAAGAUUGGUUUGCACUGAAAAUGGUAAUCUGCAGAUGUCUGAAUAUGAGUGUCAUGGAUAUCACAAAGAUGUUUUCCAUCCUAAGAAAAGGAGAAGAAGAUGAGGGGGCAGCUGAAGAGCACCGUGAAUUACAUCUGGCGGUGACAAUGGAUAACACCGAAUAUUUAUCAAGUCUACUUUCAGAGGACAAAUAUAAGAAAUUGGUCAACAGUCAGAGUGGUUGGGGUGUUCCAGUGACCCCUCUUCGCUUGGCUGCCUCCAAAGGCUCUCUAGGAUGCUUAAAGAUUCUCCUGGCUAAUGGGGCAGAAGUGGACAUCUUGGAUGUGAAAGCCCAAACACCCUUAUUCACUGCAGUUAGUGGUGGCCAUUUUGACUGUGUCAGAGAAUUACUGAAAGCUGGAGCUUGUCCUUCUGGAAGCAUAUAUAACAACUGUACUCCAGUACUGAAUGCUGCCAGGGAAGGCAAUACUAGUAUCUUACGAGAACUGUUAGAUUAUGGCGCAGAACCUAAUGUCAAAUGCAAGUUACCCAACUGGACUACAAAUAUUGCAACAACUACAGGACCAUUGUACCUCUCAGCUGUCUAUGGGCACUUGGAGUGUUUUAGAAUCCUGCUUCUUUAUGGGGCUGACCCAGACUACAACUGCACUGAUGAGAAACUUCUGAAAAGGAUAAAAUGCCCUAAAACAGUACUAGAUGUGUGCCUCAAGCAUGGAUGUAGGACAUCAUUUGUGAAAUUACUUGUUGAUUUUGGAGCCAAUGUCUAUUUGCCUGAUAUCCAUAUUUCUACGUCAUUCCCUAAUCAUGAGGCAAUGGAACUUCUGGCAAGAAAUAAAGUACAUCCAAAGUCUCUGAUGUCCCAGUGUCGUCUAACCAUCCUGAAGCUGUUGAGACAAGUGGAAAAGAUGCAACAUCUCCAGCAGUUAGAGAUCCCUCAGACAAUGAUCAGAUAUCUCCUGCAUGAGACAUAAUCAGAGGAUGAAGCUGCAGGAAGAAAACCUUGACUUUUGGAAACCGUACAGCAGCCAUAACUAAGAUUAACAUGAAACUUGGCAUUACAUAAAACUGCUUAGUGGUCUUCAAAGAGGCUGCAUGUUAUUUAUGUGAGGUUAUCCACCAAAGAGUCAAUUCUAGGGCAGAUGGAGAGCAGACGUAUUAUGUGUUUUAAUAUAUUACUGAUAUUUUGUUUUAUAGUCUCUGGCAGUAGCAUACCUGCAAAGGUGUGGCACACGGUAGAAAUCCUUGGUGUAACCUGCUUGCCAUGGCACUGUCAUCCCGGCUACCUACGGCCAUUACUAGGGGGAAACUAGUUGCAUACAAUUUACACAAUUCCUAUUGAGUGCCUAUUGAAUCCAUAUACAGUUAGCGCCACUAGUGGUGGAGACAGAUUUAUACAGAAACAGAACUACAGAUGUAAUACAAGAAUUAUAAAAUACU